CCAUACUUAAACAUCUAGCCUUAAAGAAGUUCAAUCUCUAUAAUAAGUGUCACUAUGAGUUAAUGUAAUACCUGAGGAGAAACUAACACCACUUGAAGAAGCUUGUUCUGUGGGGUUUCACAGAUUGCGUCACCAAUGCCGUUAGGCAGAGAACUGUCCUGGCCUAUUUCAGCUGCAAAACAAAAACAAUUCUAUUACAUUACAACAAUGAAAUUCACUGGUUGAAUAAAAAAGCAGAGCCAAAUACACUGAAUUGGAAGCAUCAAAAUCACUUGAUAUGUUUGCAUAGCAUAUAUAUAUAUAUAUAUAGAUAUAUGUCCCUGUUUCAGCAGUCAUCAUUUCUGUUAAUGACUCCUCUCUUGCUAAACCAAAAUCCACAAGUUUUACUGUUUUCUGGUCUGCAGUAAAGAUUAAGUUUUCUGCAGUAGUUUAUAAGUUCUUCAUUAGCAAUUGUUUCCAUUUACUUAUUUAUUUAGAUAAACAUAUGUAUGUUUAAAGAUUGUAAAAGGAAUAUUCAACGGCACAUCCCACACUCUCUUUUUGGUAAUUGAGACGACUACCUACACCUCAUGGUAACAACAUCAACAAAUUUGUUCAUAGAUCAAGUUAGAACUUGCAAUCCCUUAGACUCAACCUAGAAAGAAAAUAGUUCCAGUAGAUAUAUGACCAUAUUAAUUUUGUUCAUCAGAUCGAUAUGCUCCCAAGUACCUGUAAUAGUGUUCAAUUUGCUAGAACCAAUCUGUCCUUCCUAUAAUAUCGGAAUUUUUAGAACGAAGUCAUUACCACAAAACAAAAUACACACAUAAGUCUCUGAAACUUUCACCUUUUCAUGCCAAGAAUCGGUGCAUAACUACUAAACAUUGGAUACAAAGAAAGCACUAUUAAUAGAAAUAAAUCACCAAAUCUAUGAAUAUACAUUUGCUACUUUAUUUCAUACUUUGGUCAUACUCUGAUCUCUCUAGAGCCUUUAUAUAAACGAUUCAUAAACAUGACUCAAGUCAGCAAAGACCUAUAAAAAUGCAUCUAUGAACUUUUAACAGGGAGCAAAAACAAUGAUUGGAAGUGAUUUCAAUGAAGUACUUCAGAAACUCUCCAAUGAUCCGGAAGUGUGAACUGAUGGAUCUUCCAGUUUCAAAAUAUCGAAAUUGAAUCCAAAGGCCUUUUCUAGCAUUUGACUCUUUUUCCUCGUACUAUUUUAUAAAUUGGGUAUUAUAUCAAUUAUUCAGUAACUACAUAGAUUCCAUCAUGCAAAGCUACAAACUAGCGUGUUUGAAUUCUUUAAAAAAAAAAAAAAAAUUCAUAGCUGAUAUCUUUCAACAUGAAUGUUCAUACAAGUUUGCUUGCUUGAGAAUAAGACAUUUCCAUGAAUCCGAUUUCUCAUGCAUAACAUUUUUAUACCGCAUGAAUUCAAUGUACCAACAUUGGAAAUGAAGGAAUUACCAGGUUUCAGAUCACGAUGUAUGAUCCCAUGAGAGUGCAGGUGAGUUUUUGUUGGAGACGCAAGAGAAGAGGUUAAUACCUUGAUGAGAGAAAGCAGGUGAGUUUUUGUUGGAGAAUCAAGAGAAGACGAGCGGCGCUUUGCAGGUGCGAGAGAAGAGGAUUGAGAAGCUGCUGCCCUAAAUUGUAUAUAGAAAUUGGAAGGCUAAUUCUGUCUUUGUCAUCCUUUCCCCUCAAAUCCUCUCAAAUCUUCUCAACUUUGAGAGGAUUUGGUUUUACUGUGCUGAAGGGAUUUGGAGGGAUAGCCUAUCCCUCCAAAUCCUUCCAAAUCAUUUCUUUUCUUCUCAAUUCCCUCCACCCAAACACACUAAACUCUAUCCUUCCCUUUCUUUUCUCUCCAAAUCUCUCCAAUUCCCUCAAUCCAAACAAAGCCUAAAAUCCUAACAAAAAUCACUCAUAUACAUAAAUAAACACCAACUCGUGGAAAAGAAACAACAUAGUUGCCCAAAAAUUGGGCACAAUCCGAAUGAACCGAAAGAUGAAAAGGGGUGAAAUUUUCAGAACUAACCUCUAAGAAAAUAGCUUUAAUCCACUUGGUCGACCUCGAAAAAGGUUCAACCCAAGCCCCUAGAAACCCUCUUCAUAAAAAUCGCCCCAAGAUGAAACCCUAGCCUUUGGGUCUUGCUAAAUGGAGAAACUGGGCGCGAGGGUUUUUGAACCCUCCAGUCCUGUUUCUCAGAGUCGGCCGUGAAGUAUAUAGCCACUGGCUCAACAGGUCACCUGAUUUGAGCGAGAGAGAUGGAAGAUGGAGUGAGAGAAGGCAUCAACGGAGGAUAAUUGCUUCGAUCGAAUAGAGAUAGAAGUAGACAAUCAACAAUGGACCUAUUCUAUCUAACCGCUAAUGACGUGGCUGCCACGUGUGCCAUUAUGGCUUUUUAAUUCUGCCAGCUGUCAAUUCCUGUAACCUCUGAUCGUCACCCGCGUACUUUUCUCUCCCUUUCUGCAGGACAAAUCAAAAAUCCCCCGCGAUUCUCCCAACAGUUCUCUCACUCACCCUCUCUCCCAUUGAAGAAAAAACAAGAUCAAACGCAUCGCGUCUAGGGUUUUCCAAAUCUCAGAAAUGGCGUUGGAGUGGGUAGUUCUAGGCUACGCCGCGGGCGCAGAGGCCAUCAUGGUCCUCCUCCUCACCCUCCCCGGCCUCCAUCAUCUACAGAAGGGUCUUGUCUCCGUCACACGGAACCUCCUCAAGCCCUUCCUCUCGGUGGUCCCGUUUUGCCUGUUUCUGCUGAUGGACAUUUACUGGAAGUACGAGACUCGCCCGAGUUGCGAAUCGCCCGAGUCGUGCACCCCCACAGACCAUCUCCGCCACCAGAAGUCCAUCAUGAAGAGCCAACGCAAUGCCCUCUUGAUCGCUUCAGCCCUGAUCUUCUAUUGGCUUCUCUACUCUGUUACCCAAUUGGUCGUCCGUGUCGAUCAGUUGAAUCAGCGCAUUGACAAGUUGAAGAGUCAGGAUUGAUUAAUUCAUUGAUUGAUUCGAGCCAAUUGGGUUUGGAGAUAGGUGAAUUUCGCAUUAAUAUGUCUUUUUUUAUAUGAUUUAUGAUAUUUUAACUUGUAGAUGUGUAAUCUUUUGGGUUAUGUGUUGAUGUUAUGGACAAAUUGGAUCAAUGCAAGCUUUUCUUCUUUUUA